AGGGUCGGAGCCCAGAUUUCAAAGCACCAGAGAAUCCAGGAGUCUUCAGCCCCAACCUGCUCCUGCAGCUGGUCAGCCACCAGCAGAAUGAAGGUCAUCCUGGCUACCCUGACCUUCUUCCUCAUUCUUGCUGCCCUCCACUCUGAGGCCAAUGAAGAACCAGUGAAUAAAUUAACCAUCAUUAAGUGCUGUUUCACCUAUGUCUCACGGAAAAUCCCACUCCGGUUUGUGGAAAGUUAUAAUAGAACCAGCAACCAGUGCUCCACCCCAGGGGUCAUCUUCCUUACCCGAAAGGGCCGACAGGUCUGCGCAGACCCCAAUGUUGCCUGGGUGCAGGAGCACAUGAAACACCUAGACCACAAGUCUCAGAGAUCCGAGAGCAGAGGGCCCCACGUGGCUGAGGAAGCUUGAGGAGACGCCAUGGAACCCCCUUCUUGCCCAACUCUCUGAGCCCCAGAAGGUCCCUGGCACAAACUGAAGCUCUUUCUUGCUUUUCUGUGCUCCCAUUCUCUGACGAGUCCUGCUCUUUCCUGAAGCUUUGCUUUGACACUGCCUUCAGGGACCUGAGGACACUGGGGUCCCCAGACACCUCGGUCUCCCCUUUGCAGGCAGCCAAUUGUUGAAAUAAAGCAGCACGACUGAAAGGAA